AUGGCUUUCAAGCAUAACAAUGUCGUGACAUUGCCAUUAAUCCUAAUGGUACUGCUGCAGGUUGGCCAGCACCACCUAACCUCCGCUAAUAGUAUCCUGCGGACCAUUCAUGGUCAAUCGCAACACCUCCACAAUUGCAAUAAAGAGAAGCUAUUGGAGUUUCCCGAUUUUAGUAUUAUCACUGAGUUGAGUGUUCAUAAUUGUUAUGUCCCGUCGCUGGAGAAUGCCUUCUUUAUUCGAUUCUCCUCGCUGACCCAUUUGGAGAUUGUCGACAGUCAAUUAUCCGAGCUGGAGGAUUAUGCCCUGCAUGGCCUAAGGCAAUUACGUUCCCUGUCAUUGGCUCACAAUAAUAUCACCGAGGUCAAAUCAUGGUCCAAUGAGCAGAUGACAGCUCUGACCAGCUUGGAUCUCAAGCGGAACUCCAUACGGGCCCUAACCUUGAAGAGCUUCUAUCGUUACCCGAAUCUCCAACGCCUACAUUUGGCUGGCAAUCUUUUAGAUGACAUCGAUGAUGGUAUCUUCAGAUGGAUGCCUCAUUUGAAAUAUCUGAAUUUGGGUCGGAAUCGUUUGAUCACGCUGGAUAAUCGUAACUUUCAUGGGAUGCACCGAUUGUCGUAUUUAGCUUUGCAUUUUAAUGAAAUUCGGGAAAUUGAGGCAGCAUCCUUUGAUACGAACUCGCAUUUGAGAACCUUGAGACUGGAGGGGAACUACUUAAGGGAUUUGGAUUUUUUGAAGGUCAAGAGCAUGACGAGAUUGCAGCAUUUGAAUUUAUCCUAUAAUCUGCUGGAUAGUUUGGAUGGUGGUGCUUUUUCGAAGGAUUUUGAAUUGGUUACCUUGGAUUUAUCUCACAAUCAAUUGGAGGAGAUCACACAGGAUGUCUUUGAGGGUCUGGAGGCAUUGGAGCGCCUAAACAUAAGCAACAACCUGUUGGAAAAUCUCCCAUCCCAAAUUUUUGAAGAUCUCAACAGCCUAGAAUAUUUGGAACUGAGCCACAAUAAAAUCUCCCAGCUCUCACCGGAUGUCUUCAACACCACACGCCAGUUACAAUAUCUGGAUCUGUCCUAUAACUUAUUGAACGACAUAAAUGCCAGUAUCUUCAAUGGCCUGUCAUAUCUUCACGAUCUGGACCUCUCCCACAAUCAAUUAUCCCGUGAUGAAUUUAUCGAAAUGUUGGCGGACAUUCCGCUCCAUAAUGAGUUACAGCUGAAUCUGACCGGUAAUCAUUUCCGUUUGCUGAAUAUUACGGCUCUAAUGAACUUCGGAUAUGUUGAGUUGGCCGAUAAUUGGUGGAGCUGCAAAUGGUUGGUCCAGGAAAUGUUACGCAUGCCGAAAAGUAUAAAUUUCGGUCAGACAUAUGCUGUACAUACGGAAUGGAGCCUGGCGCUGCUGGAGACCAACGGUAUUGAUUGUUAUGAUGAGGAUAAGCGGAGGAGUAUAAUUAUUUUGGAUACAUCGAAGCUGUGGGAGAAGCGAAUGGAAAUUAUAAGAAGUGAGCACACCACCCCCUUCGAAACCCAUCCCUCACCACCACCCCUAUUCUGGCCUAAAAUACGCAUGGAUAAAUUCGAUUCCCGUUCGGUAGUGAUAUGGAUGCUUAUUGCCAUUGCCAUAGCUUUUUCGGCCCUGAGAAUAGCCCGAAAAUUGGUUGAUCGUCGUGAGAGACUUGCGAAACUUAAGAAAAUGAAGGAAAAAUUACAAAACAAUCAACCCAGGCUAGCGACAUUAGAUGAAGCCGAAACAGAUAGCUUAACGGAUACCGAUGGCAAAGUACCCGUCAAAGCCAAUCACAAGCCAUAA